AUGCUUGGCACGCCCGCCGACGAGUUCUGGGAAGAGGUCGCGCAGGCGGUUCAGACCCAGGGCCGCGUCGCGAUCGUCACCGACCGUUAUGAUCCUGGCGAGGUCGAGACGCGAGCUCAAGAGCGCGAACUCGGCGUGCGCCCCUACUGCUACAUGGUGUCCUCCGAGGAUCUCAUCGAUUGGGAUGUGGACAAGCGUGGGCAGAUCGCCUGGGCCUGUCUUCGCGAAGUUCGCGACCAGGAACGUCAACCGCUCGAUGACUCUGACGCGCUCGAGUACCAGUAUCGCGUCUGGUAUCCCGACCGGUGGGAGCUCUACAUCGAAGAGAAGAAGGAGGGGGAGGAGGAAGAUAGCACCUCGUUUCGUAAGGUCGAUGAGGACACCCACCCGGUGGGAGAGGUCCCGAUCACGAUGAUCUUUUGGGGCAAGCGUCACGGCCGCGAGCUCGCUGCUGACUCCGCCCUCAAAGACCUCGAGCCGCAGAACCGGCGGCUGGUCAACCUGGUCAGCUUGAUCGACGAGCAGAUCCACCAGUAUGUGUUCUCGCUCCUCGCUGUCCCUCAAUCGACCUAUGACGCGCUCGAGGCGAUCAACUUCAGCGUCUCUGGAGCGAUCGUCUAUGCCGACGAGGUGAGCACACCUCCGCACUACAUCUCGCCAGACAUCGCUCAGAUCACGGCGAUUCGCGCGGAGAUCGAAAAGACCGAGGGGACCAUCCGUCACCUGAGCGGCCUCGGGCGCGUCAACUCCGAGGUCAAGCACGUCACCACAGGCAUCGCGCUCUCCUACCUCACCUUCGAUAAGGAUGCGUUGCUCGCCAAGUUCGCGCAGCGCAUGAGCCGCGCAGAAGAGUCUGUGGAUAGGCAUGCUGCGGGGUGGAUGGAGAUCGACCGAGACAAGCUCCAGGUCAAGCGCAGCUACCCCACCAGCUUUGACCCGCAAGACCUCAAGGACUCGCUCGAUGCCGCGCUCAAGACCGUGUCACUCGGCGUCACGGGCGAGGCGCUCUACGAAACGCAAGCGUUCGCGCUGCGUGAGCUCCUCUCGGGGCGUGUGACAGGCAACCCACCAGGCCCACAUGAGCCUGCGUGGGUUUUCGCAUUUUGGAGGUCAAUCAUGGACAGGCUCACACUCUCGAUCCUCAACGCGGCCGGUCAACUCGACGACUGCCACGGCUUCAGGCGUACCUCGCGCAUCAACCCUCGCCGCGUGCUGGGCUUCGUCCCAGCACACGCGAUGGCGUUCAAGGAUGACCCUGACGAUCCACCGGCGGAUCCUCCCAAGGACCCACCUGAUGGGUAUGUGCCUCAAGGAGAGGUGGACACCAUCGUCCAACAGCGCCUCGCUCGUGAGCAAGAACGGGAGCGCAAGCGCCUCGAGGAGCUCGGCUACUCGAGCUGGGAUGAGCUCAAGCAAAAGGAAGAUGAGCGCCGCAGAGCUGCCGAAGAAGCGCGACGAAAGGCCGAAGAGGAGGAGCGCAAACGCCUCGAGGAUCGAAAGGAGUGGGACAAGCUCCGCGAGCUCGACCGAAAGAAGGCUGAGGAGCGCGAGCAAGAACUCACCCAAAGGCUCGAGCAGGAGCGCACCGCGCGCGAACAGAUCGAGCGACGUGCCAGGGAGUCGCAGAUCAACGCGGCCCUCCUGAGCGCGGCGACCAACGAGGGUGCACUCAAGCCCGAGCAGAUUUCCAAGCUGUUGGCAGGACAGCUCACCCACAACGAGGACGGCACCAUCGUCGUCCUCGAUGCUCAGGGAAAGGUGGAGAAGACGGACAUGUCCUGGCAAGACCCGUCCAACGACACCGUCGAUCUCGUGCUCAACGAGCACAAGGUGGUGCCGUGGGCUAUGGAGGACACGGUCGCGGCCAUGGCGCUCGACGAAGCACUCGAUUACUCGAUGCAGGCCAUCGGGCGCUUGGCUGCAAAGAUCGAGGACAGUCUGGCUGGUACAUACACUGACGCGACGACGGAAGCAGGCGCGGCGGGGCAGCCGAUCACCACCGCGACGUUGCUCGAUGUCUGGGAGAAGUUGGAGACCGCCAACGUCCCUGAUGAUGGUACUCGCUUCGCGGCGAUCGCGGUCAAGGACGCGAAGAACCUCCUCGACACCGACAAGCUGACGAAGGUCAACGAGGCAGGCGACGGCGGGAUGGCGCUGCGCAGGAGUAACCUGGGCGAGAUCCACACGCUCAACAUCUACAAGUCGAACCGCAUCGUGAAGACCACGGGACCUGAUACCUACCAUGGUCUCGCUGGACACCGAGAUGGCAUGACGCUGGCCAUGCGCUACCUGCCAUUGCCUCCCCCAGGCUCGGUGGCGGCCGCCUCGAUCAUGGUCGAUCCUGAGACCGGCCUCGCCUUCAGAAUGAUCUCGAGCUACGGGCACGCGCAGCUCGGUGUGCGCCACUCGCUCGAUGUCCUCUUCGGCACGAAGAUGCACGACCCGAGGGAGGGCCUCAUGAGCUUGGAACGUCUCCAAGAAGAACGACUCGAGCUGCUUGCUCCGUCGCACCCAGAAGCGAUGGACUCCGCUCAAGCCACGACCAACGAUUUCGUCAUCGUGCCGGAGUCCAUCCUGGACUGCACCGGACACGACACGUGCAACUUCGUCGUCAGCAACGCCCACGCCACCAACGUGGUCGCGGCCAAGAUCGUCGGUCGCUACAAGAACAGCGCGAACGCCUACAGCGCCUGGCAGGACGCGAGCGGAGGCAGCGCUUCGGGCACAGUCGCAGGGGCGCCAUGCGGGAUGGGCUGGAGUGGCUCCAGCGACGGUCUCAUAAGCCGCAUCGACGCAGGUUCGAUUCCUGCUCCCGCAUUUUCACCCAACACACAACCAGGAGGGUCUGUCAUGCCUCUUAUGAAAAACACGGCUGGCCGCAUCGUCGCUGUCAGCGCGUCGCGCGUGAAGCCAUUGAUGCGCGAGGGCUUCACCAAGGCAACCGCUGAAGAAGUCGAGGUCUCCCGCGCGCUGUUUGCGCGUUUGAGCGAGCGCGAAGACUCCGAGAUCGAGGGCCUGAACGAUGCCUAUCGGGGAGCGCUCGAGCAAACCAUCGAGCGUGUGGUGGGAGAGCUGCCACGUGACGCAGACGGGAGGCUCGAGCCUGACCCCGCGGCGCUCGCGAGGUUGCGCCGUGAGUUCGGUCGCUUCGGCGAUGCGCAGGGCGCGAGCCUGCUGCUCGAGCAACACGUCGAGCGCGUAUCGGCGGCGCUGACCCGCCAGGUCGAUGUGCUCUCCGAUGGCUGGCAAAGGCUCGGUGAGGAUCCGCUCGAGAGUGACCAACUCGCGCUCUCGACGCUGGUGAAGGCGAACUUCCUCGACGGCUUCACGGAGCUCGGGCGCUAUCACCACAAUGCGUUGCGUGACGCGGUGAUGCGUCAGGCGUUAGGGCGCGCUACCGAGCGUGACCUUCGCGCCGAGCUCCAGCGAAUUACUGGCAAGGCCGCGAGUGAGGUCGACAGGCAGCACCAUGAUGCGGUGAUCGGCUAUUCACGCGCGGUCAUCAGCGAGAGCGCCGAGCAGCGCGGGUACGAGUACUUCCAGUUCAUCGGUCCAGACGACUCGGCGACCAGGCCCUUCUGCGAUCGCCACGUCGACAAGGUCUACACCAGGGAAGAGAUCGACGCGCUCGACAACGGGCAGAUCGCCAACGUGUUCCUGACCGGGGAGGACGAGCAACUCUUCGACCACCACGCGAGAAGUUGGCGCAAGAAGAGCGCGCAGGCCGCCGACGAUCUCUUGAGAGAUCUGAAGCGGCGAGGCUACCUCGACGAGCCCACUCACACCAUCAUCGACGACUUCGAGAAGGCCACCAGCACGGUGGCCUUUGUUGCGUCUGGGGGACAACUCACCGUGCCAGCGGGAACGCGCAUCGUCGCGCUCGAUCCUGAUCUUGGCCUGGGCGUCGAUGACCUCGCCAAGCCCGCGCGCCUCAUCUUCGUGACGGACGCGGAGCUCGUGGUCGCGGAUGGUCAGACGGGCACGAUUGGCGUCACCGCCGAAUAUCCAGGCGCUCCGUACAAUGUGGAAGCUGGUUGGCUGACAGGGCUUGAGGACGACGCGCCAGCGAACUUCGCGAGCGUGACCAACGAAGCUGCUGCCUCCGGUGGGGUUAACCAUCAGCUCACGCGCGUCGCGACGUACCGCACGAUGGAACUCGUGAUGAUGGACUUGAUGCGCAUGACGGACGAUGUGUUCGACGCCAGGCGCAAGAUCUACGCGAAGUACUACAAGGACGAGCUCGAGCGCGUGGUCGCGAGCGGCAUCAACAUCGACACCGAUGGCGAUGGCGUGGCCGACCUCGACGAGUGCGCAGACCUGCUCGUGUAUCGCAUCAUCGACCGCACCAGGCGCGGCGAGGACAUCUACGGGAUGCCGUUCGACGCCUACGCCGAAAAGACCAAGCAAUCAAAACGCAAGCGAGGUCGCCGUACCUCUCCGGUGACGCUCCAGGACACAGGCCGCAUGCUCGCCUCGAUGCGCGGGCGCUCAGACGGUGACGUGGCGCUCGUCUACUUCGCAUCGAGGACCGAGGGCCAGAAGGCCGCGUGGCUCGACGAAGCACUCAAGACUGUGCUCUCGGGGAUCGAAGGGGUGAAGUUCGUCUCGCGCCAGGCGAUCACCUCCGAGAUGGUGAGCGAUGCGCAGAUGCCCGCGAUCCUCAUUGACGAGACGCUCUCGCGCUACACAUGGACCUCACGCUCGGGCAACCGCACGAUGGAUGUGGGCUGCGUGCUCGGCCUCGAGGUCCAGGUCAGGUCGAUUCGCGCCAAGGGCAACUCGGUCAGCGAAUCGACGGUGCGCGAGCUGCUCGUCAACGAGGUGAUCCAGACGCUCGUCCACAACAGCAGGCUCAUCUGCCAGUUGCCUGGCGAGGCCGAAGAGCAGGCCCACGCGCGCGACGUGGCGGACCAGUUCUCGGUUCGCUACGUGCCGGGCGCAGGCGCCAUUUUUUUGAUCACGCUCACCGCCGCGCGCGGGCCGGUCAAUGUGCCCACCCUCAUCACCUCGAUGAGCCGCUUCGAGUCUGUCUUCGGUGGGCCAACGCCCUACUCCGACGGCACGAGGUACAGCCCCGGGUAUGAGGUCCUGAAGGCGUUCUUCGCCAAGGGCGGACGCAGGGCUUAUGUGCUGCGUAUCGUCGGCGCGACAGCGGACACGACCUCGGUCACGCUCCAGGAUCGCGCAGGCGCGCCGCUCGAUACGCUCACGGUCAACGGCAAGGGUCCAGGGGCAUACCUCGAUGACUGGGACAUCGUCAUCGCGGACGGCACCAGAACCAACACAUUCAAGCUCACGCUCCAGGAUGAAGCUGACCAGGUCGUCGAAGUCUGGGACAACCUCAAGAUGAACGACGUGGACCUCGCGCGCGUCAGCGAUGGGAGCGACUACAUCGAGCUCGUCAACGAGGGGAGCGCGACCGCUGCACCUGACAACCGACCCGCUGUCGGGACGACCACCAUCGACGUGAGCUCCGAUGGCGGCACGAACGACAACGCACCGAACGCGGCCGCCAUCGUCGGCACGGAUACCUCGGGUGUGAAGACUGGGCUCAAGGCAUUCCGCUCGCACACCUAUGGGUAUGGCUGGAUCGCCGCGCCGGAUAUGGACUCGGACGCCACCGUCAUCGCCGAGCUGGUCGAGCAGUCCGAGAGCUACUUCCGCGUUUACAUGACGAGCUCGCAAGAAGGCGCAUCGGUCGCGACCGCCAAGACACAGCGCGCCGCGCUCGAUGCUUUCAACGCUGGCUUCUACUUCCCACGCCCCAAGGUGCGCGACAAUUUCGCCAGCGAGAUCAAGACGAUCUCCCCGGUGGGUCACGUCAUCGCCGACUGGCUCAAGGCCAUCGACCGAAUCGGGCCUGGUAAAGCUCCAGGCGGCAAGGACUUCCGCAUCGACGCUGGUGUUAUCUCUCUCGAGACGCAGGCCAACGGGAUGCCCUUGAUCGAUGAAGGUGUGGCUGAGGACUUGGUCGCCAAUGGGAUCAACCCCAUCUACGCCAAGGAUGCUGGCCCGGCCAGGGUCUGGGGCGUGAGGGCCGCGACUGAGGACGCCGCAUGGCAGUACCUCCACGCUGCCUUUCUGUGGUGCAUCAUCGGAUCCCGAGGCAAGCAGGCGCUCGAGCAAGUCGUCCUCGAUUUGGCAGACAACCUGUUCUUCAACCAGGUCGAGCUAGGCCUCUACGGGUUGCUUGUCGAUCUUCAUGACCAGCGGGCGUUCCGAGGGUCGCUGGUCUCGCCUGGCGAGACUGCGGAUCCGGCGGUCCACUCGUUCGGCGUGAUCGCGAACGAGUCGUUGCUUUCGACAGCAGAUAAGAGCUCCGGCAACGUCCGCGCUCGCAUCUGGUUCCGACCAGCGGGCGUGGCCGAGACGAUCUUCCUCGACAUCGCCAAGCAGAACGAGGUCGCCUGA